AUGUUUAACUUAGCUUUGUGUGUAAUUUUAUUAAUUAUUGUACCAUGUAUACCUCAGAAGAUUAUUUCAAAAAAUGUACCAUUUUACAGUGAAAAGUAUUAUCAUGAACCAAUAUCUUUAACAAAUGAACAAAUUAUUAAACUUGCUGAUAUGUCAAAUGUGACAAACAUGGAACAUGUGUUAGAUAACAUCUGUGUUGUCAGAGUUGUAGGAAGUCACCAACAUCAACAAGUGAAAAACUAUAUCAAAAAGACUAUGAGCAAUCUUAAUUGGACAGUAGAAUCAGAUAUUUUUGAGGAUAUGACACCUACGUUUGGAAAACUACAGUUUGAGAAUAUAAUCGCUAAAUUAAAUCCAAAUGCUAAAAGGUUUUUAUCUUUAGCUUGUCAUUUUGAUUCAAAGUAUACCAGGGAAGGAAAUUUUGUUGGUGCAACAGAUAGUGCAGUACCAUGUGCACAAAUGAUAAAUAUUGCUACUGUCAUGGAUAAACAACUAAAAUCUAUUAAAAAUCAAGAUGUGAGUUUAAUGUUUAUUUUCUUUGAUGGAGAAGAAGCAUUUAAUACUUGGGGUCCUGAUGAUUCCAUUUAUGGAGCAAGACAUUUAGCUGAAAAAUGGAAUAUUGAACGUACUACAUUUAUGCAAGAUAUUAAUAUUUCUGAACUUGAUAGAAUGGAUAUAUUAGUACUUUUAGAUUUAAUAGGAGCAUCUGAUCCAACAUUUUAUAGUUAUUUCGAAGAUACUCAAAGAUGGUAUUCGUUACUUAUUAAUCUUGAGAGUACGUUAGCUAAUUUAAGAAAAUUUGAUAAUUAUUCCUAUGAAAAAAAACAACAGAAAUACUUUCAACCAUAUUCUAUACCAGCGCAUAUAGAAGAUGAUCACAUUCCUUUUUUGAGAAAAAAUAUUCCGAUAUUGCAUUUAAUACCAUAUCCAUUUCCAAGUUUCUGGCAUAAACCAGAUGAUAAUCGCAGUAAUAUAGAUAUGACAACUACGGAGAACAUUAAUAGAAUCUUAAGAGCAUUUAUUGCUUCUUAUUUACAUAUUGAUGUAUAAUAACCAUUGAUCAGUUUACUCUAACUAUAC